GACUACCACAUUACAACAGGUGAUUAUCGUUUUUCUUCGUCUUCUGGAGAGUUACCAUUAAACAAAAUCAAAUUAUUAUUAUUGUAUUCUGAAUAAUUUUUUUUAUUUUUAAAAAUCAUAUUAACCAAGGGAAUAUUUAACACAUUACUUAAUGUUACAUAACAAUUUGUUUAUAUACUAUUUCAACUAAUUUCACCUCAACCUACAAUCAAGUAAACAAUACAUAUAUUCAAACGUUUAUUUUCUAUUCAAUAUUUGCAUAAAAGACUAUUUCGAUUCAUUUUGAUAUCUACGGUUACGUCAUCAUCAUCAUCAUCCAUAUUCUAUCAAAGGAAAUUUGAACUAUUCAUUGAUUCACUAAGGUGUAUUGUAUACAUUGGAAAACAUGAAAUCAAUGUACAUGAAUAUGAACUCAUGUAAAACCAGAAAAGAUAUCGCUAUACAAACAGAUUCAGCAUCAGAAUAUUCUAGUGAAACAGAUGGUUCUGACGAGUCAGAGAUAAACAAUUAUUCAGGUUGUGAUUCAAAUUUAAUAUCAUCUAAAUUAUCAACAAAUUCUUCUUCUCAAGCUAUACAAUCUACCAUAAUCGAAUUAACUGAUGUAAAUAAUAACAAUAAUAAGAUCAAUGCUUCAUCACAUAAUCUGCCUGGCUGUGAUAUUAAUGCUACAUCAUUUCCAUCGGAUACAUCUGGACAAUUAAUGCAAAACCCACAGGUACAAAAGUCGGAUAUAAUUGUAAAAUCUGAUUCUCAACAUGUAUACUUCAACUCAUCAGUCGAUACUCACAAUAGUAUUAAUAAUAAUAACAACAAUAGUAGCACCAUCAACCACAGUAACUUAUCAGAUUGUGAUAAGCGUAAUAGUUCAGCUAGUCUUGACAGUGGACGUGAUUCUACAUACGCUACGGGGAGUGAAGGCAGUAGUGGGGUUCAAUAUCCUCAACAAUAUUCUUCAGAUGAUGGGUAUAUUCUAUCACCAACUUUACCAUACUGUUAUAAUAGUCAAAUAUCAAGGAAUAACAUUAUCUCAACUCGUAAAAAUAAUCAUAACUCCAGCAGUUGUACACCAUUUGAUAAUACCUCCUCAUUACCAGUAGCAACGAUAUUACCAUUUUGUAAUCAUAAUAAUUCGACUACUUAUAACGUUAGUAAUUGUUGUGUGAAUAAUGGUAGUAAUGCUAGUAGUAGUCAUAGUAGAAAUUCUUCAUGUCAUCAAUUAAAACAAUACCACCAACAACAUUUCAAUAAAGAUGAUACCUUGACAUCACCAACACACAAGUAUAACAAUUAUAGUAGUAUAGAUAAUAAAAUUGCCAAUUCUAUGCUACAAUGUACAGAGCCUUGCGAAUAUUAUCACAUUCCAUCAUAUCAAUCUACCAGGAAUUGUUGUUCAACUACUAAUCUUAUCAAACCAUCAACAUCACCGUCAUCGCCAACACAACAGCAACAAUCAUUUUUGCCGUCCUAUUCAUCUUGUCAAGAAAGACAUUUAACUGAUUUUGAUGUUUCAAGACCAAAAGUACCGGCAAAUAUAUAUCAUCGAUCACAUAUUCUUUCGAAUAUGCCUACGCAAUCAAUACAUAGUAAUCAAUGCCAACAACAAUCAGUUCAUUCUGUUUUAAUCAAUCCCGAUGAUGAAGCAUUAUUUGCAUGGUUAAGAUCAGUUGGCCUUAGUCGAUUAAGUGGAUGUUUAUCUAAAUCCGGGUUCGAUCUAUGGACAUUGUGUCAUACAACACCGGAAGAAUUGAAUGCUUGCGGAAUUACUAAUCCAUAUGAUCGACAAAUUUUGAGAAACCAGCUCGCUACUCUCCAGUUAUCUGAUCCAUUUACAGAAAAACAACUACCGGCUAGUGUUCAUGAAUGUUUAAUACAAUUACAUUUACAACAAUAUUGGCCUAAAUUUAAUGAUCAAGGUUUAAUAACAUUUGAACAAAUUAUUCGUAUUACAUGGGAUGAUUUAGAAGAGAUUGGUAUUUCCAAAUUAGGUCAUCAAAAGAAACUUCUCACUGCUAUUAAUAAAUUAAAUCGUUUAAUUUUAUCAUCCAAAAUCAAUGGUACCACAAUCGGUUGUUCACUUCAGAAAGAUAUUCAUUUUAUACCAUCAUCUACGUCUUCAUUUAUUCCAAAUGAUACUAGAUCAUCAUCAUUAGUAGUAAAUUAUGAUUAUUUAACAAAAUUACCACAAUAUCAAUCGAAUCAUAAUGAUGUUAAUAAAACAAAUGAAAUAAAAAACAAGGAAUAUUGUCAACAAUAUUUAAAAGUUUCAGAAAUUGGGAUACAAGUUGAAGAAAGUCAAACAAAAUCACAUACUUCACCGUCAUCACCUUGCUCUUCUUCCAAUUCAACAACCUCAGAUUUAUCAUCAAAUGAUUCACGAUAUUCCCUUCCUCCGCCAGUUGAUUUUCAAGACUCACCACCUAAAUCAUCGUCAUCUGCUUUUCCAACUAUUUCAUUAAUUCAUGAUUCAGAACAUUCAAAUUCUAAUUUACAACAGUCUAAUUCUUCUUGUAUAAUAAAUGAACAAUUAAGAUCUAAUCUUUCAUCAUGUACUACUAUAGUUAAUAACAAUGUUCAAUCUUCUCAUUCAUUGUGUAAUAUUCAUAAUCCCAUAAAUAUGGAUAACACAUUAUUAAACAAAAAUUCAACAUCUGUACGCUUCAGUAAUUCUGAGUAUCAUAAAGAAGAACAAUUGAAUAAAGUUGCACAAUCGAAAAUAUUUCAAAGGCGUUCUUCCAAUCCUACAUUAUAUUCACUGAAACCUAAUGAUCCUGUACAGAAUACUAGCGAUUUAUCAAAAUGGUCCUCAGGUCUUUUAACAACUCCACAACUACGACUUCCAAUCAAUGUCAAUUCUAAUUCUGAUCCAGAUUUGGAAGCUAUGCACAAUAUACAAGUUAUGCUUGAUCAAAUCAGUGAACGCCUUAUCUUAACUAAUAAAUAAUAUUGGAAUUUGAAAUGUCUAAUUGGCAACAAAUGAACAUAAAUGGUUCAGCUCUAUCAAUUUAAACAAGAAAUUAGGUUUAUGAUCAUUGAUUGUUUAAAACAUACACUUAGUCAACUGAUUUAUUUCAUUUAAUCAUUUUUUUUUUAUAAAAAAAGAAGACAUUUACUGAUACCAUAUUAUCAUUAUGUAAACACUGAAUAUUAUACUUCUUAUUUGGUUAUUUUAUCACACGAUUUAUUUAUCGUGCCUUAACUAUUUCUAAAGAUAGAUUUAAUAUGGAUUUGGUCUGUCAAUAAAAGAUUUUCAAUUUGGAGCGAGAAUAUAUAUGGACUUGUCAAUGACAAUUAUUUCAAUUCAUCCCUAAAGUAUACUCUUAGCAUUAUAUCUAUCCAACUUGAUUUCAUAUUUUAACGCAUCAUCACCCCUUGCCCUAAAUUUCCUUUUGUUCUCCCUCCUCCUUGUACACCUUUGUUUUUCUCACUUUUGUCUGUUAUUACAUGCUUGUGUAUGCGUUAUUUUUCAUUUCGUCUUUUUUUUCAAAUAUCAUUGUUAAGUAGUACGUAUCAUGUAUCCUUUUAAAGUAUUUUGGCGGUAAAAUAAUGUUCCAAUAAAAAGAAACACCUUUUUCUUACUGUUUUUAUCAUAUGUAAAAUAUCAUAUUCCUUUUGGUGUGUAAUUCCUUUGUUCAAUAGGUUAACAGAAGAAAAAAGUUGUUUAUCCUAAACUUAUUUUAUGUAUUAAACCAUUUACGUGAAGAAAAAGAUUAAGGUAUUAUUUGUUUGACAAUUUUAUCAAUGAUUAAAUCAUUUUUCAUCAAAAAAACAAAUAUAAUUUUCUUUAAGCCAUUCUUAAUAAUUGUACAUUGAACUGGAUAUUAUUUAUUUUUAGACUUGACCAUAUCAGAAACACGGUUGAGGUUAUGAGUAAUGUUUUCAAUGUUGUGAAAGUGUGUUGUAUUCAGGAAUUUCGAUCAUUUCUCCCCCCAUUUAAUCAAUGAGUACUCCAUGUUAGAGUGUAAACUUUACCAACGGUUUUCCUGCAAACGUCUGGCGUUAUUUAAAACCGACUGGUGUGAACAUUUCAUUUUGUCUCAGUGGAUAGUAAACGUAAACAGAGUGAGAGUUAGUACUCCUAAAGUAAAUUCCUGAUGAAGAAUACACUUUUGUGUGUGAUACUUUCCCAUUAGAAUGAACGGAAAAAUGACCAGAUGUUGGACACACCCUUUGGAAAUGUUGCAGAUAACCUCACUCGUUUAACAGAUAUAAAUACGCAAAUAGCUUGUUCUCGCCUGUUUUUUCCCGAAAUUUAUGAAGAUAAGGAACUUUUUAAACCAAGUUAAAUGUUGUAAUGAACGAAUUCUUGAUUAGUGGAUCGAUUUAUUAUACAAUACGAAAACGUUACAUUAAAUGCCUAAUUUGCUCACCUUUCUUGAGUUGUCUUUUACAAACCCUAUUUUUCUUCCACUACUGUUAUUAUUUUGAUUGCUUUCUGUUUUCCUUUCUCUUCUAUUCAUUUUCCCCUUCUGUCUGUUAAAAUUCUACUCUCGAUUGCCGAUGCGUACGACUUAUAUUUGUCCUUACACGUAGUGCACACCACACUGUCGCUUGUUUCUUUCACUGUACAAAACAAAUUUCAGGAAAAACAGAGUUUUAUGCUAACACUCUCUCGAAUGUUUAAUAGUGGACAUUAUUUUAAAAAUUAUAGUAGAGCUUUUCAC